GCGGCUUUGCAGCGGGGAGGGAGGAAGGCCACCGACAGACGGCCGCAGACCCGGCCGGAGAGUGGCUCGCCGGCCGGCAGGCCGGCCGGCCGUGCGCAGGCGUUCUGGGAGGAAGGCCGCUCCGCCGUAGCCAAUGAGCACGGGUGCUGCGGCCUGCUCGCCGGUCAGGGUGACCCGGGCCUGCGCGGGCCUGAGGCAGUGGGCGAGGCCUGUCAGGACCUCCUGGCUUAGCACAAGUUGACCAGGGACUCCACCCUUGCCCAGAGCUCGACCUGUGAGUGCCUGAGGCACGGGCGAGGCCUCCAGUUCUUAGGGUUGGCGACUGACGCUCAGCUGGAGGACUUACAUUCAGUGGGUCUGAUUGGACCCUGGAUACACAGCACCAAGGCCUGUAUAUAGGCAAUUAAUGGAUGCUUGGAGGUUGCCGUGCGUAUUCAGAAAUGUUUUGCCGCCUGAAGCCUUUGAGGAGGUUCUGCCUGAAGAAGAUCCUCCCUCACUGGCUUCCCUCCUCUCGGGCUCUAUCAGGAGCAGAAGCCGUCAAUGCCUUAAGACCUUUCUACUUUGCAGUUCAUCCCGAUUUCUUUGGACAGCACCCCAGGGAAAGGGAAAUCAAUGAAAAUUCUCUUAAGAGAUUAAGUGUCUACUUAGAAAACCUCCAGAAACCGGGCUUCAAGUCUCUGAAACCAACUCAGCUUACAUUUUAUAUAAGAGAAAAAACAGCUCAGAACUCCUUGGAAGGCCAGGAACCUAUCAGUACUUCUGGAUUUCGAGCAGUCAGAUUUACUUUGCACACCAGCGAUCUGCUAAGCACAGUGUUGUAUAUUCUCAACUCCUGCAGUUUGUCUGCUGAACACGUCCAAAGCUUGAACACUACUAACGUGCAUUCCCAGCCUCUCCAGGAAGCUACAGGGAUGCCUGACAGACCCAUCAAAUGGCAUAAGUCUUACUAUUCCUUCACUGGGUUCAAGGACCCUGACGAAGACCUACACGUCUCGAGAGUGGAGACAACCCUAAUGUCCUGGCUAGGUAGCAAUGGGCAAAGUGCAGUGAAAAAGCUGAAGAACAGCUUGCCUCUUAGGAAGGAGCUGGAUCGUCUGAAGAAGGAGCUGUCUGACCUUCUGCAACUUUCAGAUAUCAGGUGGCAAAGGGGCUGGGGUGUUGCCCAUCGCUGCAGCCAGCUGCACAGUCUCAGCCGCCUUGCACAGCAGAAUUUGGAACCACUUCAGAAUGCAAAAGGAUGCACCAUCGUGUUCACAGACCGCUCGGGCAUGAGUGCACUGGGCCACGUGAUGCUGGGAACCAUGGAUGUCCACCAUCACUGGACGAGACUUUUUGAAAGCUUGCCAAGUUAUUUUGACCUUCAGAGAAGAAUGUCAGCCCUAGAAGACCAGAUAAGCAAUCUUCUAGGGGGCAUACAAGUGGUUUAUAUUGAAGAGUUACAGCCAGCACUGACCCUUGACGAGUACUACUGCCUCCUUGACGUGUUCCACAAUCAGCUCCUAAAAAGCAGGGCGCCUGCCCACCCGCAAAGCCUGAGCGGCUUGGAGAUGAUCCUCAGCAGCGACAGGUACGAGCCAAGCUUGCAUGAACUCGGGCAUUUUAACAUCCCAGCCCUCUCAGAUCCAGCAAGCCUCCAGUCAUUUAUGAGAAGCCGAGCCCAGCAGGCAAGAGAAAACAUAACAAGAAGGGAGGAGUUAAAAGUUAUUGAAAAUGAAUUGAUACAGGCUUCCACAAAGAAAUUUUCUCUGGAGAAGUUCUACAAAGAGCCCAGCAUUUCCAGCAGACAGAUGGUGGACUGCUGUCGGAGACUCCUGCAGCUGUCGCUGCCUUAUCUGCACGGGAUGCACCUCUGCGUGUCACAUUUUUAUUCCGUCAUGCAGGAUGGAGACCUGUGCAUCCCGUGGAACUGGAAGAAAGGAGAAGCCAUGAAGUGACACAGACACCUGUCUUAUUUUCUGGAGAAAUGAGAAACUGUUGGGUUUAUUUAAAUUUAGUUCGAUGUUAGUAUUCGCAUCAGGACAGAGUUUCCGAGUGCUGCGUUAAAGCGGGAGUUUUCUUUGUAGUGACUUUAUGCUAAGAUACUUGUUUCUAAAUGGUUUGUCCCCUAGUCUUGUGAUGCUGAUAGCUAGGCAGAGAGAUGCUUAGAAGAAAAACUUAUUUUAAAGAGAGUUCUGUAAGAGUCAUGUAUUUUUAUAGAAGUGAGUGUGUGUGUGCACAAAUUGGUCUCGUUCAGUAUAGCUCUGUGGUACUAGAACUCAUUUUUACAUGCAGCACAGUUCAGCACGUGUCUUCGUAAUUAUAUCCCACAGACGCAAACACUUGGUAGCCGGUAAUGGACAGUUGUGUUCAGACAGAUGAUUGAUGGGUAGCAAAAAUUAAAUAACUACAUUUUGUUUGAGAAAGAUUUUUUAAACUAUUGAAUAUAUGCCAUUAACAUUGCCUGAUACUAGCUUAUUAAAACAUAAGUGACAGAAUUUAAAUACAUGACACCUUCUACCAAUUAAAAUAUUAAUAGAGCAUGUUCUUGGUAGGCACAGGCCCUGGGUUCCAUCCCAAGUACCAAGAAAAAGCUGUCUUCAUCUCUUCAGCUCUGACCCAGGUAAAGCCUGCUGCCUGCUGUGGUCUCCGGUGUCCCCCACGCUGUGGAGACCCAUUCUCUACUCAGAGAAGACCACCCUGCAUUCCACACCACACUUUUCCCUGAGGACGCCCUAGGGAACUUCCCCCGGUGCAUUAGAACAAAGGAGACACUAAAGUCAGUUUUUCGUGUUUUGGAUUUUUAUAAACAGUUCAAAUGUAUGUUCAAAAUAAGAACUGGCUUUUAAAGGAUUGGUUGUGCCACUAUUGCUUUUGACCCACACCAGUUUGACAAAUGUUGCUGUAAAUACUCUCCCUAAGAAAGAGUCCUCAAGUUGGGUUUGGUGGUGCAUGCCUUUAAUCCCAGCACUCGGGAGGCAGAGGCAGGUGGAUCUCUGUGAGUUCAAGGCCAGCCUGGUCUACAAAGUAAGUUCCAGGGCAACCAGAGCUGUUACACAGAGAAGCCCUGUCGCGGGUGGGGGAGUCCUCAAAGAUCUGCUAGUUUAUUGGAAAAUUGUUUGGAUUGUGCCACUUCUAACAUCAGCUAACACAGACUCUUUGGUAAUAUGUGUUGAAUUGGAUUUGGUUUUGAACUAAUUGUUACAUAAUAAACAGUACCUUGUCGGCCA